UGGCAGCUGCGCAGUGCAGUGUGGGAAGGCCAAGGCGCUAGGCGUAGGGUCAUCGUUGUGCGUGGUCUCUGUUCUGUGAUUUCGUACGAAGGAGUGUGACAAUGAUUAAGCUCUUCUCCCUCAAGCAGCAGCAGAAGGACGGCGAGGCGACGGGCAACAAGCCGACGAGCCAGAAGCGUGCCUCAGCGGCCCAGCUACGCAUUACGAAGGACAUCAACGAGUUGAACCUGCCCAAGACCUGUCAGAUGGAGUUCCCCGAUCCGGACGAUCUGCUGAAUUUCAAGCUGGUCAUCUGCCCCGACGAGGGCUUCUACCGAAACGGACGCUUCGUGUUCAGCUUUCGCGUGAGUCCAAACUACCCGCACGAACCGCCCAAGGUCAAGUGCGACACAAUGGUCUAUCACCCGAACAUAGACCUGGACGGCAACGUCUGUCUCAACAUCCUGCGCGAAGACUGGAAGCCUGUGCUCACGGUCAACUCUAUCGUCUACGGCCUGCAGUACCUCUUCCUCGAGCCCAACCCCGAGGACCCACUCAACAAGGACGCCGCGGAAGUUCUGCAGAGCAACCGGAGACUGUUUGAACAAAACGUCAAGAAGGCCAUGCUUGGAGGCUACAUCGGCGCGACGUACUUUGAACGGUGCCUGAAGUAGCCCGCUAUGCUGUCUUCUCGUAUCCUUUGGGGGAUUGAGGGUAAAAUAAUAAAGUGUGUGAUGGGAUGCUGCUGCUGGUGCUGACGCCGCCACCGUUGUGCUAGGUGCUUUUGCAGUGGUGCUCCACUUGUGCCAGGCAUGUAUGUACGCGUCACUGGGUCGUUACAAACCUCGUAGUGGGCUUAUAACGGGCUGUAUUUGUUGUGCUUAUUGAGAAGGCUCCUCGAGGGAUCCUUUUUUUGUAACGUUUUGUGUAACACGGUCAUCCGCAAGUAUGUCUUUGUGUUUCUCGAGUUUCAUUCAGUGAAGCGCCCCUAUGCAUUGUACGCACAGUUCUGCCCCCGCUUUGUUUCUUUGUUCCGAUGGCGUUAUAAAACAGGCAGACGCUUCUGUGACGCCUUUAUUAUGGUGGUUACCAUGCUUUGGUUAUACGGUAAGUGGUGGUAUGUACGGUUCAUCAGUCGUGGGUCGAAGUGCACUUGCUUUCACCAGACUUGGUGUGCGUUUAACUGUAACAUUGUUCCUACUGGCUUCGUCUGGUUUCAGUGAAGCCAGGCUUUGUUGGCAGACAAUGUGCGACUGCUGGGACAUUCGCUGCGUCGUAGAUUUAUUGUGCAUGCCACGGUAUGCGUCGGAGCCGAUGGUGUUGAUUGCCGUUUGACAUGCAACAGUGCUUUUUUCUUUUUUUAAUCUUGCCAAUCUGAUUGGUACCUUGAUUGUGUGAAAAGUUCAGCUCAACAUAGUGCAACCCUGUCACCUCGAUAGUCGCUGUAGUACAAUUGUGGCUGAUUCAGCGCUCUAAACAAAGAAUACAUUUUUAAUCCGUUCAUCUACACUCUUGCCUGCAUGUGGUCAUGUGCCAGAAACCUCUCGGCUGCACUGUAGUCCUUUUUUCAGUUGGCAUGAUGUGUGGGAGAGGCUCAUUAAACCAGCAGUUUCAUACUGGCAAAGAACGUGUUCAGUUGUUUGUGCACUGGGUGUGUUAAAGCUUUUGAUUGUCACAUCGCUACAGCUGCUCUGCUGGUGUUCAUUAUUUUUGCAGUUGCUCUUUUCAUCCGGACUGCACAUGCAGGCCUUUAUGUUUUUGCUGCCAUUGAUCCUUUUCCCUCUCCAUGGGCACUGCCUAUGCGGAAAGGAAAACUACCAGGGGCCUUGUGGAUCGGUAUCCUCCGUGUCCACCCACGGGCGUGCCACGUAAAACUGUUCCUUUGUAAUUUUAUUACACUCUCCUGACACGAAAUUUACACAACAGUGUUUGAUCACUGGUCUAAUAAAAUGCUCUCCUCAGUUGUGAAAAGUCUUUUGAACAAAUAACAUUGCCUGCUCUGACAAGCUUGGUGUACCUCGCUGGCCGACUAUAGCCGAAGAGGAAAGUGUUUGGGUUGAACGACAACACAGAAACACUGUCCACCCCUGUUUUGCUGUGUUUGUGCGCUAUUCUCUUUUACUGUUCGUGGGUUGAACCAUACUUGGAUACAACUUAACAAGGCCGCAACAUUUCCUCCUCAAAGGCAGAUGUGCACAAGCCUGCACCAAUGGGCAUGCACUCCAGCAAAGCUUCAAUUUGGGCUAGUUGGUACGGCAUUGUAGUGAAGAUGCACUGAGCGAAGUGCACGAACGAGUAACGGAACAAGAGUGGUCCUGGCCACUAGUCCUGCCCUCUUGUUCCGCUACUCGUUUCUGCAUUUCGCUCAGCGCAUCUACAUUGCAGUGCACUCCAGGCUGACGUCAUGACCCCGCCUUCGGAGAACACUGUUGAGUGCAUGACUGUUUCCGUAGUCGCAAAGGCUGCUGCGUGUCGGUCAUACGGGCGUGUCAAGUUGUAUCCGACUGUAGCGGUGCGAUCACCAGGAAAGGAGAAUAUCGCCAAAUAGACCUUUGCUCCUUGUGAGGAUACUUGUCUAAGAAUUGGCGAAAGUGCUCAGUGGCAUUGCAUUGCAGCAUUGUUGAGCACUUCCUGCUCUUUACUGUGGGCAGGGAGCAGUUGGCAAGAGAGAAAUAUCAAAGCAAUUAUCUUUUGUUCCUUUUUCAAUGUUUGGCAUUUUAAAAAAUACUUUUUUUUGUUUGUGCGUGUUGCUAAUAUGUGCUGGUUUAGCACAUCACCUUGAUGUGCUGAGUUGUAGCAGUUGUGUAAUGUUACAUGACAGGCAAUGCAGGUGCCAGCCAAAAAAAAUUUUGACCAGGGGCAAAUGGCAAGAAAGACAUAUAACUAGAAAUUGUUUGUUUUCAUAGCCUAAUUGUGCAUGAGCAGUGCGUAGCUGUCAUUUUGAGAAGGGGAGUUUCCACACUUUCUCGUAACAUCGCAUGACAGACCGACCUAAGCGGGCAGGGCGUUCAGCAAGUUGUGGAGAAAAACAGACUGGGAUAAUAGUGGCCCAGUGUUUCAAAAUGGGGCCAGGGAAACUCUUCUAGUCUCCCCAGUCAAGCAAAACAAGGAACGGGUGCCAAUGCUACUGAGCUUGGCUCACAGUGCACAACAGCAGUAGGCAAUUUUUUUUUUUUUUUACAGUACAUGUAUUAGUGCGCACACACACAAAGAUGUGUGUGUGCGCACUAGCCUCUUGAAAUGUGCGACGCCAUGUAUCGCAAGAUGUGAAAGCACCGGUGUUGCGAGAAGUGUGUGCGUGGCCUGUGAGGUUGCUUUGUUCACUCGGCGACAAACCAUCUCGUCUCGCUUGUCAAGGCGACAAAGGGAGCCAUGCUCCCUGUUUGCAGCUUGUGUUACGGUGUGCGUGUGUCAAGCAUCGUUUGGUUUGUAUCUGGCAUUGGCAACUCGGCAUACAGAGACAUUUCGUUUAGGUUGUUGUGUCUGAAAGAGCCCCACGUUUCUCCUUUUUGACCCUGUUCCCGCAUCCUUGUUUAACCCUGGGUUGAGUGAAUAAAUACGAGUUGCGACUGCAGG